AUGGGAAAUGUUCCAGGUAAAAUUGAUAGCCCUCAAGACCCUGCAAAUAGGAAGCAGCAACGGUCAGAGUCUUUAAAUUUUGGAUCUCAGGGCCCAAAAAAUCUUAACCGGAAUAGGAGGGCUACUUCCUUGGUAGGAAAUUUGUUAAGUGCUAGUGGGAGAGCGAGAUCAGACUCUUAUAAUAGUGCUAACGGUUACAACGGCAACAGUCCGAAUCCGUACAAGAAGAAGUCUUUGAAGGAGAAGGAGAAGCUCAAAGAGAAGCAUGCUAGACAACUUGUGGUCAAGUACAACGAAACUGUGGAUGGUGGGUUUUUAGCACCUUUUGGAUGUUAUAAUUUCGAUAAGUUGGACUAUGAAGCAGAUAUAGUUAAAAAUUUAAUUAUAGAAAGGAGGUUGGCUCCCUUUUACACACCAUUGCAAGAAUUUGAUCAGACUUGGACUCGAGAAGAGGUCAUAAAAAUUGUUGAUGGGUUACCUUUGCAUUGUUCAUUUCAACAGGACCCAGAAGAAUUUGAGGGAGUUCCGACCGGUGAUUUAGCCGAUGACGAAUUUGACUAUCUACUGGAUAGUACCGCUUCGAAAAGGGAACAAAGAAGGCAAAGGUCGAAAAUUUCUAAGGCAAGGUUAUAUUUCAAAAGAGUUGGUUGGCAGGAGAGGGCAAAUGAACGGUAUCUUGAGCUGAAACUUAUGAACAAAAAACAUACGGAAGCAAAGAACCCGGCUUUACCCAGUGAUGAUUUGAAAUAUACUUUGUACAAAAAUGGAGCAGAAUGUCCAAUAUGUUUCCUCUACUUUCCUAAGCCUUUGAAUAUUUCCAGAUGUUGCAAGCAACCGAUCUGUACUGAAUGCUUCGUCCAAAUCAAGCGUGCCGCACCACACUUCCCGCAUGAAGAGGUAGAUCCAACUCAAGAUCAAGAACCGGACGAAUUGAAGGAUCCCAACCUUCUUGUCAGUGAACCUGCCAAUUGCCCUUACUGUGCCACUGCAGAGUUUGGUGUAACAUACGAACCGCGCAGGGACGUGCGGACUGGAAUCAACGGGAUCUACGCUUCCGAAUACAAGAUUGCCGAAUACAAGGACCGUGAAGGCCUAGUAUCGGAUUCUAGCAGCAAUGAAGAUGACGAACUCGUAACUAUAGAACAAAUUCGUAGGGGCUCAAUAGCAGCCGAUGAUCCGUCUGUGAUAACAUCCGAUUCUAUAAGACCUGACUGGGAGAUCAAUCUAACCAAAGAAAGAUUAAGACUCGCUAGAAGAUCAGCAAAAGCUACUGCAAUACACAUGAGUAAUCAAUUAAUUGAUCCCGAACACCCUUCUAGACACGCAUCCAUUUCUUCUUCAGUUGGAGGCCCUGACGGAGGGAAUAGUCCUCAACGUCGUCAGAAAACAUUAGAAGAACUGGAUGACGAAAUGCUCCAACAAGCAAUCAAACUAAGUUUGCAGGAUCAUUAA